CGAAACUUUUUGAUCGGGAAUCGAAAUUCACUGUAUGGGAAAUGAGAGUUGAUUACAGUUAGCUGGAAACCCUAAUUUCUGGGGAUUUUUUUGCAUUUGAUUGUAUUGUGGUCUCCUCUAGUUGGAAUUACUUGAAGAUCUUCUUCUCCUUGAAUAAAUAGGUUUUUCAAUUAGCUUCUGUUGAUAAUUUCCAUUGGUGUUUUUUUGCACUAUUCAAGUUUCUGAAGUAGUUUUAGAUUUGAAUUUAGAAUUUUUGUAGCAGCCAAUGUUGAAUUUUACUGGAUAUUGUUUCAGGAUGGCACAUUCUUUGAGUUUCAUUUCGACCAACUUGAACAGUUUAGUCCUUCAUCAUCAUCAGUGGCAGAGUUUCGGAACUUUGGUGUCGUCGCCAUUUAAACCUAAGAGGAGAUUUGCAAGAAGCAUUAGAGCUUUGCAAGAGCCAACUCCGAGAAGAUUGAUAGACAUUAUAAGAUCAGUUCCUGAAAUCUCUAGGAAUUAUUUCAAGAAGCCUUCAAGAAGAACGCUUUUCGGAGGAAUCUCGUUGUUGGGUGGGUUUUAUGUUGCGCAGACUAUCUCUCUGUCGUUUGGAGCUUUGGGAGUGAACGAUGUUAUCGCUGCGGUUUUAUGUGUUCUUUUGACAGAGUAUGUGACUAGAUUCUAUUAUAGCCGCACCACAGUCACAUUUCCGAUUGCUCUGCUUAAUAAUUUCAAGAUGGGUUUCACUUAUGGUCUCUUCAUUGACGCGUUCAAGCUGGCUAGCUAAGUGUUUGCAAGCAGAAGUACAAGAGAUCCAAAGUGUCGAUGUAAAGGUUAAAAUCAAGGUUUUGGAAUACUUCGAGAGCUCUAUUGAGUGUUGUUAUACAUGUUUUUUUUUCCUUGAUGUAAUUUGUUAUCAUAAUUUUGAAUAGAAGCAACCAAAAACUUUGAUGUUUCAGAGAAUCUCUAGUAUGCUAAUAGAGUAAAGGGUCUUAG